AUGCAAAAGUUGUUUAUGAUGUUUCAAGAAACAAAAGUUAAAGUUUUAUUUAAAGAGGGACAUAGAAAGAAAAAAGCCAUACGAGAAGAUGAAUUAAGUAUUGAAGAACCACUAAAAAACGUUUCAUUAAAAGAUAGGAAAUCUCUUAUUGAUGGAAUAAUUGCACAACCUAAUAUGAAAGAAGAAAAUUAUAUGGAAAAAUAA